AUGGGUCGAGAUACCGGGUCUUUGUUGAACGCCGAUGACGAGUUGAUCAAGAACUACGAGGAGAUUCUGGAGCCCUCCGCGGAGAAGAUGUGGUACUAUGUGGCUAACAUUGUCCUACCGCAUUGGCUGGUCAGCAUCCUACCCUGGAAGCUGCAUGAGCGGGCCAGGGUUACGACGAGGAAUUUGCGCAGGAUCUGUUCCGAGUUUGUAGCGGAGCGGAGGGCGAAGAUGCAGCACAAUAAUGCCGAGAGCCGUGACAUCUUGUCGAUCAUGAUACGCGACAGCCAGCUGUCGGAUAAGAACCUGGUUGAUCAACUCCUCACCUUGUUAGCCGCAGGUCAUGAAAGCACGUCUUCUGCCUUGAUAUGGACGUCUCACCUACUGGCCGGGCACCCAGCCGUUCAAACGCGCCUUCGCUCCGAGAUCCAGCAAUGUAUCCCUGAUCCGGAAGUCCUCUCAGACCCCAGCUUCAAUUCCGCCAGCCUUUUGGAGAAUAUGCCCUACCUCAACUGCGUCCUUAACGAAGUCCUGCGCCUCUUCCCUCCAGUUCCCAUCACGGCGCGCGUCGCCAUCAGAGACACGGUAGUCUGUGGCCAAAUCAUACCCAGCGGCACCAUGUGGCUGCAUCUCAACCAGGAUUCGCUAUCGCUUCCAUAA